GACUGGGAAAGGGGCACGGGCUGGUCCCCUCCCCCUCCUUCCCAAGUUCACCCCUGCCGGCCAUGGACUUCCUCCUGCGGCCUCAGCCAGAGCCGGAGAGCUUGGGCCCUGGAGCGCCUGGGUUCCCUGAGCAGGAGGAAGAUGAACUUCACCGCACUCUGGGCGUGGAGAGGUUCGAGGAGAUCCUGCAGGAGGCUGGGUCCCGAGGAGGAGAGGAGCCCGGCCGCAGCUAUGGAGAGGAAGACUUUGAAUACCACCGCCAGUCCUCCCACCACAUCCAUCACCCGCUGUCCACCCACCUGCCUCCGGACACCCGCCGCCGCAAGACACCCCAGGGCCCGGGACGGAAGCCUCGCAGGCGCCCUGGAGCUUCCCCGACUGGGGAGACCCCCACCAUUGAGGAGGGGGAGGAAGAUGAAGAUGAGGCCAGUGAGGCCGAGGGGUCCCGGGCACUCACCCAGCCAUCACCAGCCUCCACACCCUCUUCUGUGCAAUUCUUUCUGCAGGAGGAUGAAGGUGCUGACCGAAAGGCAGAAAGGACCAGUCCAUCUCCUCCCCCACCAGUGCCCCACCAGGAGGCGGCUCCCCGGGCCAGCAGAGGGGCCCAGACUGGAGUCCCAGUGGAGGAGGCAGCGACGGCUAUGGCCAGCGGCACCGCAGGAGGGGACGACGGGGGGGCGUCCGCGCGUCCCCUGACCAAAGCACAGCCCGGGCACCGAAGCUAUAACCUGCAGGAGAGGAGGCGCAUUGGGAGCAUGACGGGGGCGGAGCAGGCCCUGCUGCCCCGAGUCCCCACAGAUGAGAGUGAGGCCCAGACGCUGGCCACCGCUGACCUAGACCUCAUGAAGAGUCACCGGUUUGAGGACGUUCCUGGAGUGCGGCGGCACUUGGUGCGGAAGAAUGCCAAGGCAUCUGGGCAGGGUGGCCGGGAAGGGCGAGAGCCCGGCCCCACGCCUCGGGCCCGGCCCCGGGCCCCCCACAAGCCCCAUGAG